AUGGGGGGCAGCCUGCGGGUGGCGGUGCUGGGCGCCCCGGGCGUGGGCAAGACAGCCAUCAUCCGCCAGUUCCUGUUCGGUGACUACCCCGAGUGCCACCGGCCCACGGACGGGCCGCGCCUCUACCGGCCCGCGGUACUGCUCGACGGCGCCGUCUACGACCUGAGCAUCCGCGACGGCGACGGUGCUGGCCCCGGUCAGAGCCCCGGGGGGCUAGAGGAGUGGCCGGACCCUAAAGACUGGAGCUUGCAGGACACCGACGCCUUCGUGCUCGUCUAUGAUAUCUGCAGCCCAGACAGCUUCGACUAUGUGAAAGCGCUGCGGCAGCGCAUUGCAGAGACCAGGCCGGCGGGCGCACCUGAGGCGCCCAUCCUUGUGGUGGGCAACAAGCGGGACCGGCAGCGGCUGCGGUUUGGGCCUCGGCGCGCACUGGCUGCGCUAGUGCGCAGGGGCUGGCGCUGUGGAUACCUCGAGUGCUCAGCCAAGUACAAUUGGCACGUGCUGCGUCUCUUCCGCGAGCUGCUGCGCUGCGCUUUGGUGCACGCACGCCCUGCACAUCCGGCUCUGCGCCUGCAGGGGGCGCUGCAUCCGGCGCGCUGCAGCCUCAUGUGAUCGAAUUGGACGACACCGUCGAUGGCGGGGAGGGGUCCUCCAUUUGACUGGAACAACUGGGGACCAGGAUUGGACGAGAUUGCCCAACUUCUCUCGGAUUGGACAGGACAGUCUCCUCCCUGAUUGGCUGAGGAACGCUCCCACCCAGUCUCCUGGG